AAAUCAGCGAAAAGAAGGGAACCGAAAAUAGUAGCAACCCAGCGAAAAGGUUGGCGGAAAAGUCUCCCACCUUUACGCGGCGACGGCGACGGCGACGGCAGCCAUGUCUCUCCCUCCGGCGGACGGCGGCGACGACUGGUUCCUCCACUGCGGCAUCCUCGAGGACCUCCCGGCCGCCGCCUGCGGCGCCUUCCCCUGGGACGCCUCCGCCUCCUCCUCCAACCCAAGUGCAGAAGUAGGCAGCUACGUGAACACUCCUGAUGUCUCCAAGGAUUCUGGCAGCAACAAACGCUUAAGGUCAGGGCCCUGCGGUAGGCCGACAUCUAAAGCUUGUAGGGAAAAAGUGAGAAGGGACAAGUUGAAUGACAGGUUUCUUGAAUUGGGCACUACUUUGGAUCCUGGUAAGCCUGUAAAAGCUGACAAAGCCGCUAUCCUAAGUGAUGCUACUCGCAUGGUUACUCAGCUUCGUGCUGAGGCGCAGCAGCUAAAGGAUACUAACGGAAGUCUUGAAGACAAGAUUAAGGAGCUGAAGGCAGAGAAGGAUGAACUCCGAGACGAGAAGCAGAAGCUGAAACUAGAGAAAGAGGCUUUAGAGCACCAGAUGAAGCUUAUGGCUGCAACUCCAGCCUAUAUGCCUCAUCCCAGCAUGAUGGCCUCCCCAUUCGCGCAGGCACCAAUGGCGCCCUUCCAUCCCCAUGGGCAAGUUCCGGGACAGAAACUGAUGAUGCCCUUUGUUGGUUACCCAGGAUAUCCGAUGUGGCAGUUGAUGCCACCCUCUGAAGUCGACACCUCAAAGGACAAUGAAGCAUGCCCGCCCGUUGCUUGAUACUUGGACUGUUAGGUCGUGUGAAAUCAUGGUAACCUAAAACAGCAUAGUUGUUCGAUCCAUUGUUUGCGCAUAGUCUCUCUGAUUCAAAUUAGACUAUUGUUCUCACAGCUGUAGUUUUUUAUUGUUGACGAGAAUGCUGGCAUUUGUGCGCUCUAUAGAGUCUACUACUACUA